CGCCUUUCGACAGGGUGGAUGCUACCUAGUUCUGCCGCACGCUCCGAUUUAUUAAGGUUCAUAGCAAAAAUAGAUUGUCAAUGAAGGAUGAAGCUUCGUGUUACAGUACUUGAGCCGAUUCUCAUUGACUGCCUGCCCAGUCUGGUGGGAAAUGUCUCCGUUAUUUAUGAAUGUGCCGUUCCCAUCUCCGCACUUCAGGCUUUCCCGUCAAGAUGUAUCGUGGAUCUGGUUUAAAAAUGACAACAUCAUGGAGCGAUCGUCUGCAGAAUGCGGCAGAUCUUCCUGCCAACAUGGAUGGCCUGGCCAUGAAGAAGUACCGGAGGGAAGCUUAUCACAGGGUCUUUGUGAACAGAAGUCUCGCUAUGGAAAAGAUCAAGUGCCUUGGAUUUGACAUGGAUUAUACACUUGCUGUAUACAAGUCUCCAGAGUAUGAAUCGCUUGGCUUUGACCUUACUGUUGAAAGACUGGUGUCCAUUGGCUAUCCACAGGAGCUUCAGAGUUUUGUUUAUGACCCUACAUUUCCUACCAGAGGUUUGGUGUUUGAUACUACAUAUGGGAAUCUUUUGAAAGUGGACGCCUACGGCAAUAUUCUGGUUUGUGCUCAUGGCUUUAACUUUAUGAGAGGGCCUGAAAUAAGGGAGCAGUAUCCAAAUAAAUUUAUUCAGAGAGAUGACACAGAUCGGUUUUAUAUCCUCAACACCCUAUUUAAUCUACCAGAAACCUACCUGCUGGCCUGCCUGGUUGACUUCUUUACUAACUGUGACCGCUACACCAGUUGCGAAAAGGGGUUUAAAGAUGGAGACCUCUUCAUGUCGUUCCGCAGCAUGUUCCAAGAUGUCAGGGAUGCUGUGGACUGGGUUCAUUACAAGGGGUCACUUAAGGAGAAGACUGUGGAGAAUCUGCCAAAGUUUGUGGUGAAAGACCAUAAGCUGCCUCUCCUGCUGAGCCGCAUGAAUGAAGUGGGAAAGAUUUUUCUGGUCACAAACAGCGACUACAAAUAUACCCACAAAAUUAUGACUUACUUGUUUGACUUCCAACAUGGCCCAAAGCCCGGGAUUCCUCAUAGGCCUUGGCAGUCCUAUUUUGACUUAAUUUUAGUAGAUGCAAGAAAACCUCUAUUUUUUGGAGAAGGAACUGUGCUGAGACAAGUAGAUACUAACACUGGCAAACUGAAGAUUGGCACCUACACCGGACCAUUACAACAUGGCAUUGUCUAUUCUGGAGGUUCUUCCGAUAUCGUGUGUGACCUGCUCGGAGCGAAAGGGAAAGAUAUCCUGUAUAUUGGCGAUCACAUCUUUGGAGACAUUCUGAAGUCCAAGAAGCGUCAGGGCUGGAGAACAUUCCUAGUUAUUCCUGAGCUGGCACAGGAGCUUCACGUCUGGACCGACAAAAGCUCCCUUUUUGAAGAGCUCCAGAGCUUGGACAUCUUUCUGGCAGAACUCUAUAAGCAUUUGGACAGUAGCAGCAAUGAGAGGCCUGACAUCAGCUCCAUCCAGAGGAGAAUUAAGAAAGUCACCCAUGACAUGGACAUGUGCUAUGGGAUGAUGGGAAGCCUCUUCCGCAGUGGUUCACGUCAGACUCUGUUUGCAAGUCAGGUGAUGCGUUACGCAGACCUCUAUGCCGCCUCAUUCAUCAAUCUCUUGUAUUACCCGUUCAGCUACCUCUUCAGAGCUGCUCAUGUUCUGAUGCCCCACGAAUCCACAGUGGAACAUAUUCAUGUGGAUAUUAACGAAUCGGAGUCACCAAUGGCCACACGGAACCGCACUUCGUUAGACUUCAAGGAUUCUGAUUUCAAGCGGCAUCAUCUGACUCGCUCUAUCAGUGAAAUUAAGCCACCCAACCUAUUCCCGCAAACACCACAAGAAAUCACACACUGCCACGAUGAGGAUGACGACGAAGAGGAGGAGGAAGAAGAAGAAGAGGAGGAGGAAGAAUAAGUAUUAUCCCGAGGAGGAUAUUGGAGAGCUCACUGUAAUAUUAUACUAGGAAACUUUUGUUCUUUUGGAACAAAUUUCCGCGAACACAGAAGAUAUUUUUCUCCCCUAUUUUUGUUAAUCCCGUCCAAUAGUUAUGAAUUCGAGUCACUUUUAUUAACACAGGUUGUACAUUUCUGCCGGAGGGUAUGGAUACUGAUCUGACAUGGCACAGUAUUUACUGAUUCGUGUUCAUAUUGUAGAGUUUUUACAUUUAAUGCCAUCACGAGAAAUGUCGUCUGUGAAUGACGAGGCACAAAUCUCCCAUGAGCACUCGUGUCCUGCAGGCACAACAUAUGUAAUGUGAUUGCCUUACGUGGACGUUGGUUGCGGUAUUCUGCCAACUUCUUAUAGUAGCCGACCCACACAAUGACCAAAUUAUGUUGGACAGCCUUUACCUGAUGUAUAAAUAGAGCAUGGAACUUUUUUUUCUUAGCUAUUGGAAACCAUCGGCCCGACACCCACAGCCUAUGAUUUGUUAUAAGCCGUUCAGAACAUUCUACUUCAUUUAUCUAUAGUGCCUAUAGAAAAGAGGGCACCUCCAUUUGAAAAAAUGGUGCAAAUUGCAUUAGGCUUAUCAAGGUUGGGUAUUUAUUCCUUAAAGUGGCACUGCACUUUGGGAGAGCCUUUGAUAUCUCAUAGGAAUAUGUCAAAAGUUUUGAGACCCCCACCGAUCGCUAGAAUGAGGAGAGAGACGAGCUUGCUUAGCCCUUGCUGAAGUAGACGGCUCAAUAGAAGGAGCGAGGAGAGAGAGCAAGCUAUGCGAGUGCUUCUGUCUCCUCAUUCUAGGGAUCAUGGGGGUCUCAGCACUAAGAUCCUCACCAAUCAAAACAUUUUAUAUGUCCCUAUGACAUAUCAAAACUUUUUCCAAAGUACAGGGACACUUUAAUAAGUGAUGGCAUGUUGCUAAAAAAAAAAUGCAAUGACUUCAUGAUGUGUCCUUUGGAAACUGUUCCCAAAAACUGUAAGCGAAGGGUGCCCUUCAGCUGUUUCGCUGCAUAGUGCUGGUCCCAUCCGCGUGCUGUGCUGGGAACUGCUCCUUUGGAUGGGGCAGUAUAUAUAUUUUUUUUUUUGCAGUAGAUGGAUAGGAGUUCUGCUCUGCAGGGAAAAAAAGAAUGAAUUCAUUGUAACCCUUAACUAGCAGUGACGUGAACACCGCUUUAACUAGGCCUUCACUCUGAGGUUUGUGGAACCCCCACAAUCAGUAAGUGAUAUGCCAGAAUUUCAGUUGAUGGCAAAUCCACCAUAAUGUCCCUAAUUGGGCAUUUGAAAAUAAACGGGUUUUCUUAACCAGACGCCUUUAAAUUUGGCACAUGUCUCUUGGGCCCUUUUAUACGUCCCCUGGAAUGUGACAAGUGAUCAUAUAAGUGAUUAUACAUUUGUGGCAUCACAAUUGAUGAAGCUAUGACUUGCUGUGUGCUAGUUGCACCCAUAAAACGGCUCCCUCUGCUGGUUACACGCAGCUCUGCCGAUGACUUGGAGGUGUAAAUUCUAUAGUCUACAGCAAAUUUCAUUCAAUUUUAAAGCUGUGAUUGUUAUGUUGAUGCUAUUUGACAAGUUCUAAAAAAAACUAGUGUUAACCUCUGCUGGAAUUACUAUAAGGUUUUAUGUUGAUGCUUAUACUGUCUUGGAUUGUUUUAUUGCACCAUGCAGAAAUACUUUAGUCCUUCUUACUGGAGCAGCUCUAUACGAGGCAGCAUACGACUGUACACAUGGCCACCAGACCUGAUAGUGCCCAGGAUCGGCUGAGCUUUUGCUCUCCCACAGCAUAUACUCUCUAAGUACUCGCAGCAAAACCAGAUUUAAUACAUUUGUUUUUCAUUUUAAAGUGAAUGUCCUCCAGUGAACACCAUUCUAUUGUUGUGUGUUUAUUUUUAUUUUAUUUUUUAAAUCCAAAUUGAUCAUUUAUGUGCUAAUUAAUUUCUUCAUAUGCCUUCAUAGGAGCUCCAAAUUACCUGCGUAGACCAAUAUGGUGCCACCACUAGGGGGAGCUUAGAUGCUUACUGCAUACAGUAUGCCAUAAACCCCCUCUAGUGGUGGCUGCAGGCAGGCAAAAGGCUUUUUUUAUUUUUUUAUUCUGUUUAUCUAGGGGAUGAUCUGAAGUCCCUACCCCUAAAUUAAUCUUAAUUUGACCAAACAACAUGGUUUUACAAGGCGGAGAUUCACUUUAAACCCUAUCUCUACUACGUUUACUACAAACAUAGUAGCAUAAAAUACCUUUUGCAGAAUCUUUUGUCUCUUAUUGCAGAAAAUCCUCCCCUAGGGUGUAGAUUCUGCAGGGUGCACUUGACUUACCGUCUGGGGUGACCAUCAGUUGAGCUUGUGUAGCUACGUGUAUCGAUGUGGUCACAGGAUAAGAGAGAUGUUCUCUGAAUGAUGUUUGUCCCUCUACUGUUCAGGGGCCCGAGUACAAGUGUAUAUCUGGCCAUGGGAGACUAUCCUGGUAUGUGAUGUUCUUUAUAACAAUAAUUACCUGUAUCCAUUGUUAGUUGUCAAAAGUUUUGACCAUAGCAAGCAGUCGGGUGGUACGAUUGUGGAGAACCGUAUUCUGGUUUGUACAUAACCCGCCCGAAACGUCUCGUGAGCCAGUAGUAUUCCCAUCCUGCCAUUAGGAUGCUCAGUCACAAGCAGCUGUCCUUGUAUUACUGUAGAUAUAACCUGUAUGGGUUUUCUUUUCCAUUUAAUUUUUUUAUUUUUAUGUGUUUAAUGAUUGCAGAUAUAUACUUUGCCCCUGCAUCCGGUUGACCUCCAGGGCAUUUAACCACAUGCUCAUUCGGUUUGCUGCAUUAUUUUUGUUUACUAAAAGUGACCAAUAGAGUGUAUUUCUUCAGCUUUAUUACUUAGAGCGAUGCUCUGCAGCCUGUGGCCCUUCAGCCAUUGUGAAACUACAGCUCCCAGCAUGCCUUGACACAACAGCUGGAGAGUCACAGGUAGCAGAUCACUGAUUUAGAGCUAUGACUGAAUGGCAGGUCUGGGGUGUAGUCCCAGAUUACCUUUAUACUAAGAUGAUUUACAUAAAGUAGUUUUUACAAACUCAUGUAUCUAUUUAGCAAUUAUGUUACUGUAUAUAUCAUUAUUAUUCCUUCCAUGCUGGGAGUUGUAGUCCAACAACAACUAGCCACCUGCAGGUUGUCUCUGGGUUCUCAGUGUAAAGUUCACUGGUGCCUCCAGCCCAUUACCUUAACUUAUAUGAAGAUGGCCCACACUGCUAUAUACCGCCAUGCUUGUAAGGCUGAGUUCACAUCACCGUUUAGCUUUCUGUUAUGCUCCGUCAGAACAGAAAUUUUUUAAAAAACGCAUCCGUUAUUUUGAGUAUCAGGUAUGAUCAGUUUGUGUCACUUCCGUCAGAGAUCAGUUAUUUUUGAUGGGAGAAAGUACUGCAUGCCGGACAUUUUCUCUGUUCCAAAAUAACUGAUCUCUGACUGAAGUGACACAAGCUGAUCAUAACUGAUCUGUUUUUUUUUUUUUCUGUGAGAAUGGAAAGCUAAACGGUGAUGGGACCUCAGCCUGUGUCAGCAUGCAUAGGUAACCAGGAAAUGGAUCUUCAGCAGUGCUGACUUGGGACCUUAAAGUGAAUGUCCACCCUGGAAUGCAUUUUGUAUCUAAUUAAGUUAAAAUUUUAUAUAUCUUUAUAGUGGUCGAAACCGUAUUUUUCUGAUAAACCGCUCCAAAUACCCCACAUAGACAUAGAUUCAAAAGAUGUCAUUCUGGCUGCCUACAGCCACCACUAGAGGGAGCUGAUUGCUUGCUGUUUAUACAAUAAACAAAAAAAAAACUAAGCAUUUAAGCUCCCUCUAGUGGUGGCUAGGGACAGGCGUAC